UAACACUUCUUGAACUUUGUUUGUGAUGUGACACGAAGAACCGAUUAAUUUCACUUUGCAGUACAGUUUUGUUUCAGCGUGAAAUUUUGACAGAGAAUACCCUAAUUUCUCACUGAGUAACAUUAUUGUUCUGGUCUAUAGUUCAGGCAAACCUUAAGUUUCGAUAUUAUUGUCUAAUUUUAGGCCUAGUUUAGGACAGUUCAAAUUUAGGUUAACUUUUCUAGCCUAGUAAACAAAUUAGUUUAUUAACUAGGACUAGGGCCGACCAUGGUUGGUACAGAAUAUGGGACUAGGUCGAACAAGUCCGUUUUUUGUAGAGCCUGUGAUGAUUUUAAAACCUGGGCCAAGUUGAAUAAGGGUCAGACGCAAGAUUCCGGUCAAGAUGAUACAUCACCUAAAAAAGUUGAAGUUUCAGAUGUAGUUAGUACCACGUCCAGUGAACAUCGUAACUGCCCUCUUGAUAAAGAUGAGCUCGGCCGAGCAACCUGGGGUCUACUACACACGAUAGCAGCUUACUACCCUGAAAAUCCAUCCCAGGAAACAAGAGAUGAUGCCAGAAUAUUCUUUGAGAAGUUUUCCAAAUUGUAUCCGUGUAAAUCGUGUGCUGACCAUUUCCGUGAACAGAUAACUACAUACCCACCGAAGGUAUCGAACCAGCAGACUCUGUCGCGGUGGCUGUGUGACAUGCACAAUCUUGUCAACCAACGGACAGGCAAACCAAUAUUUGACUGCAGCAGAGUCAACGAGAGAUGGAGGGACGGAUGGAAGGACGGGUCUUGCGAUUAGCUCACCAGAUAACGUAAUCUUAAGCUUUAUGUAGCGUUAAUUUGUGAUAUAAAAUUUACUAGCAUUG